CUCUGCACUCUCCAUCUGUCAACCUCUCUGUCUGGAAUUCUCUCCCGCCUCUCUCUCUCUCAACGUCGUAACCACCGGAAUCCGCCAUUCACAGCCACCAGAAUCCUCCCAUUCUUCUCAACCUCUCAUCUGAACUCAUCCUCUUCUUCUUCCACUGAAGGUUUCUAUCGAAGCUCGAACUCAAACCCAUCGCUCGCUGCUCUCACUUCCUGUCGCCGCUGUUGGACUUGGUCCGUCCGAUCACCGAGGCAAUCUUCAGACUUCAUGGAUCAACCUGCCAGAAAUGAGAAUAUAAUUCAAUGAGACCAGACCAUACUUAAAGUUUCGGUAUACGGUCAGUCUAUUUAAGGUCCAAGUUUACAGUUUUCAGUUUCCGGUUCAUCUUUAUGGCCUACAAACUGUUUGGUACUGGUUCUUGGUUUGGGACCUAACCCAGUCAAACUGGAAUGAACUUUUAAUCGGUAGACAGGCCCUUUUAACCCCCAAGCAUCCCUCAUCCUUUUGAAUUCUAAGUUCAUUCUUCAAUGGCUAUAACUAUAGUUUCAAAUAUGCAAACCCAACGGCUAAUUUUAAGAAAUGUAGCUCCCAGAACCCUCACAACCUUCACAAAACCAACUAAGUACUCACUCUUUAACUCUCAUAGACCUCAUUCUUUUGCUUAUUGUCCACCAAAUGACCUGGAACUUGGUCUUAAAAGUAUGCAAUCCCAAGAACUUUGUAGUAGUACAAGCCAAGAACCGUUUUCGUCAGCGUCUCUAUCAGAUUCUCUUUUGGUGGAAAAGAUUUUAUUAGGUUUGAAGCAAGGCACCCUCACUUCCUUGCGCGGUUUUCAGUUAAACCCAUUUCUUAUUGCUGAAGUUCUUUCUCGCUGCCGUGAAAAUUUGCAACUGGGUCUGAAUUUUGUUGAUUUGAUUCUGUUAAAUAGCCCUAAUUUUAAACAUUCGUCAGAGUCUUUGAGUGCAAUGAUUCACAUGUUGGUGCGUGGUCGAAGGGUGUCAGAUGCACAACCUCUGAUUCUUAGAAUGGUUAGAAAGAGUGGCAUUUCGCGUGUUGGAGUGGCAGACUCUUUGGUUUCAACUUAUAGCAGUUGCGGCUCAAGUUCUUUGGUCUUUGAUCUGUUUGUUAGAACGUAUGUGCAGGCUAAGAAGUUGAGAGAAGGAUUUGAGGCGUUUCAGGUGUUUAGAAGAAAGGGAUUUUGUGUUUCGAUAAAUGCUUGCAAUAGUCUUCUUGGUGGGCUUGUGAAAGUCGGGUGGAUUGAUUUGGCAUGGGUGGUAUAUGGGGAAGUUGUUAGCAGUGGGAUUCAGUUAAACGUUUAUACACUAAAUAUAAUGGUUAAUGCCUUAUGCAAAGCUCGCAAAAUUGAGAGCGUUAAAUUCUUCUUAUCAGAUAUGGAAGAGAAGGGGGUGUUUUCAGAUAUUGUGACGUAUAAUACACUAAUCAAUGCCUAUUGUCGCGAAGGGCUUCUAGAAGAAGCUUUUCAGUUAAAAAACUCUAUGUCUUCUAAGGGGUUGAAACCUGAGCUUUUCACGUACAAUGCUAUCAUGAAUGGUUUGUGUAAAGUAGGAAAUUAUGCAAGAGCAAAGGAAAUGUUGUAUGAAAUGUUGCAAGGUGGAUUGAAUCCUGAUACUACUACUUAUAAUACAAUGCUUUUUGAGAGCUGUAGAAAAGGUGAUUUUUUAGAGGCUGAAGAAAUUUUCCAUGAAAUGUCACAGAGAGGUGUUGUUCCUGAUAUAGUUAGUUUCAGUUCCCUUAUUGGGGUUUUUUCGAGGAACAAAAAUAUUGAUCGUGCGUUGCUAUAUUUUAGAGAUAUGAAAAGGGCAGGCUUGGUUCCAGAUAAUGUGAUCUACACUAUUCUUAUAGAUGGAUAUUGUAGAAAGGGAAUGAUGUUAGAGGCUUUGAAGCUGCGUGAUGAAAUGCUUGAGCAAGGUUGCACUAUUGAUGUGGUAACAUUCAAUACAAUUUUAAACGGACUGUGUCGAGAGAAAAUGCUUUCUGAUGCAGAUGAGCUUUUCAAUGAAAUGUUGGAAAGGGGUGUCAUUCCUGAUUUUUAUACUUUCACAACGCUCAUUCAUGGCUAUUGCAAGCACGGGAAUAUGACUAAAUCUCUCAAUCUGUUUGAUGCAAUGACUAGUGGAAAUAUUAAGCCUGAUAUUGUCACAUACAACACAUUGUUUGAUGGCUUCUGCAAACUAGGUGAAAUGGAUAAAGCUAAGGAGUUAUGGUGUGACAUGGUUUCAAGAAGGAUAUUACCCAAUCACAUUUCAUAUGGCAUCCUAAUCAAUGGAUUUUGUAGCGUGGGGAACGUGCAUGAGGCGUUUAGGUUGUGGGACCAGAUGAUUGAAGAAGGCAUCAAACCCACUCUCGUUACUUGUAACACUGUCAUUAAAGGUUAUUGCCGCUCUGGUGACACAACAAAGGCGGAUGAGUUCUUAGGCAAAAUGAUUUCAAAAGGAGUUGUUCCUGACAGUAUUACUUACAACACUUUGAUUAACGGAUAUGUAAAAGAAGAGAAUCUGAACAAAGCAUUUUCCUCAGUUCAGGAGAUGGAAAAGCAAGGGAUACUGUCGGAUCAGUUUACAUACAAUAUAAUUCUAAAUGGGUUCUGUAGGCAAGGUAGAAUGCACGAAGCCGAGCUAGUAUUGCGGAAGAUGAUUGAGAGAGGUGUAAAACCUGAUAGAUCCACUUAUACGUCAUUGAUAAAUGGACAUGUGACCCAGGACAAUUUGAAGGAGGCAUUUCGGUUCCAUGAUGAGAUGCUUCAAAGGGGAUUUGUGCCGGAUGAUGAAUUCUAGUUUGCUCUUGCAGCUGAAGAUAUUUACUUGAGGAGAUGAAGAAACCUUCUUCCUUCAAUGUAAGUCCAUCUUUCAGUAGUACGUACAGUGAUCACUAGAAGACAUAUUGUAAGUUCCUUUUCUUCUUCUGCUGUAUUUACAUUAGCUGUUGUUGGAGCUUUCUGUUCUCACUUAUUUAGUUAAAAAUUGUGAGCAUUUUGUGCUUUUUACUUUGCAAAGCAUAAAUAUCGUUGGUCUCUGAAGUUCGAAAAUUUGAUUUGUUGUCAUCAAUUAGGCUUGGUCCAGUCGUCUUUCACUUACCCCUUGGUGAAAAGUUCGAAGUGGAGGGAAAAUUUCCCAUCACCAUAAAAGAAAGAAAAAGUAGAGCAAAAGUGUCCCCUUAUCUGCUACAGCGGCAAUUGCUUUAUAAAGAUUUUGUGAUGAAGAAACAAAUUCCAGGAAUGGAGCCAGAUUCAGUCCGGUGAGAUCAGAGAGUUGAAGCAGGUUGGAUGACCACUCUAGCAUAUUCGAGAACCUCUGUUGCAGGGAAGACUGGAGAGGCUGGACUCACUGCCCAGUGCUGUAAGGUUAUAAUUCGUGAACUCCAACCUUAUCUCGCUCUUUUGGAUGACUAACGAGCCAUCUCAAAAAAACAGAGACUAAUUACACUGAGUGAUGAUUUUUGAGGAAUACCAAAAGCAAAAGAAAAAUUGCACAUCUGAAAAAUAAGGUGUGACUGGCCAGAUGAAGCCAGUACGAAUGUGUGCCCUCAUCAGUCAUCAGUCAUCACAGUGUGCUGCAAAAAUGGCACCCUGCAAUAAUUUGGGAGGAAAGGCCGGGGGUGCCAUCUACAGGCUUUUGUAAUGUUGGUAUCGGCAGCUGUUUUCGGAAUUUGAUGUGACGGGUUGUGAAAAAUUCCAAGUAAUAUCGAUCGGUUUUACAAAUCCAUUGAGAACAAAAAUUGUGAAUCUUCAAGUUUUCUACUAUUUAUUUUCAUCAAAUCCCUUGUAAAUUAGAACAAUGCUCAAAAAAUUCCAUUAUAUAUGAUCACUCUUAUUAUUAUUA